AAAUUUCAGGCAUAGAAGCAGCCACACCCACAGCCUUCUCUUCUGUUAUCCCCCGCCCUUCUUCCUCCACUUCAUCUCAAUCUCUCUCUCUCUGUCUCUAGAUGAGAUCGCCGCUUUAGGUUUGAUUCGACUUCCAACUCCGAAUCCCCUCAUAAUCUUCGGGGUUCUGCGUUUUCUUGCAACCGUUCGUGAGUAGAAGCACCCUCGAUUUUCUUCUCUGCAUAUCCGAAUUCUUCGAAUUCUCGUUGCUCGAAUGAGAUAAAUUUGGAUGGUCUUUUGAAAAAAAGUGUUCGCCUUUCUUUCUGGGUUCUCUUGAUUUCGCAGUGAUGCAAUCGAUGCUGGUUCUACUCGGUACAAUGCCGUCUCUGGUUAGUCUAGGUGGUGGUGCCGGUGUAAGUAUCGUCGGAACUAGUUCAUCGGAUGCGUCCUAUUCGUUAGUAAGGAGGGUUUCAUUGUCGAGAAGGAAGUUUAAGGGAGCUAAGAAAUGGGUGUGUAGAUAUUCUGUAACGAGUUCCACUGGUACAGCUGACUUCAUUGCUGAACAAAGCAACUCUGUAUCCAUAGAUUCUAACACGUUUAGAGCAAGUAAGGAUGAUGAUGAUGGCGAGAUUGUGCUUAAGCCGGCUCCUAGACCUGUUUUAAACCCGCCCCCAGCUAAGGGAGGUGGGGUUUUAGGGGCGAAUUCGGUGUCCUGGAAAAAGGAACCGUUAGAUGAGGAAGAGGAGAGGAAUAAAGUGAUUGAAUCUCUUGGCGAGGUGUUAGAAAAGGCGGAGAAGUUGGAGAAUUCGAAGCCGAUCCGGAAAGAGGGUAAUGGGAUUGGAGAUGGUAAACCUUUGCAGUCAAAUAGCAAUCAUAGUUUGAGAAAUGGUAAGCCUGGGAGUUUAGGGGGCACUAGAAAGUCGAAGACCAUGAAGAGCGUGUGGCGGAAAGGGGAUUCCAUUGCGAUGGUGCAGAAGGUUGUUAAGGAAUUGCCUAAAGUUGAUAAUAGAGGAGUUCAAAGGGAAGAUAGACCGGAGGAGGAGGAAGGAGUGAAGUCACAAGCAAUCCCUCCUCCGUUGAAGCCUCCUCAACCACCUGUAAGACCACAGCCAAAGUUACAAGGGAAGCCUCUGGUUACUCCGCCGCCGAUAAAGAAACCUAUCUUGAAGGACUCUGGUAUGAUUUCAAAACCUUCAGCUGUUGAAGGAGUUGAUUCUGGCACGAAAAGCAAAGAACGGAAGCCAAUUCUGAUCGAUAAAUUUGCUUCUAAGAAACCUGCUGUUGACCCUUUGAUCGCACAGACUGUUUUAGCCCCUAGGAAACCUGGAAAGGGCCCUCCCUCUGGCAAGUUUAGAGAUGACUACCGCAAGAAGAACGCAUCAACGGGUUCUAGACGAAGGAUGGUUAAUGAUGAAGAUAUUGCUGAUGAAGAGACCUCAGAACUCAAUGUAUCCAUUCCUGGAGCAGCCAGAAAAGGGAGAAAAUGGAGUAAAGCUAGUCGAAAGGCUGCAAGACUCCAGGCCGCCAAAGAAGCAGCACCAGUCAGAGCGGAAAUCUUAGAGGUGGAAGAUAAGGGAAUGUUGAUCGAGGAUUUGGCUUACAACCUUGCCAUUGGCGAAGGUGACAUCCUUGCGUUUCUAUAUUCCAAAGGAAUUAGACCUGAUGGUGUGCAGACAUUAGACCGGGAGAUGGUAAAGAUGAUAUGUCGGGAGUAUGAUGUGGAAGUCCUUGAUGCCGAUUCAGUUAAAGUAGAGGAUAUGGCAAAGAAACAGGAAAUUUUCGAUGAAGAAGAUCUGGACAAGUUAGAAGAGAGGCCUCCAGUCAUUACAAUUAUGGGUCAUGUGGAUCAUGGAAAGACGACUCUUCUGGAUCACAUCAGAAAAAGCAAGGUGGCUGCUUCUGAAGCUGGUGGAAUCACACAAGGGAUCGGAGCUUAUAAGGUGCAGAUGCCGGUUGAUGGAAAGAUGCAGUCCUGUGUUUUCCUUGAUACUCCAGGACAUGAGGCUUUUGGUGCAAUGAGGGCUCGUGGAGCGCGGGUCACGGACAUUGCAAUUAUUGUUGUUGCUGCUGAUGACGGAAUUCGUCCUCAAACGAAUGAAGCAAUAGCCCAUGCAAAGGCUGCUGCUGUACCAAUAAUCAUAGCUGUAAAUAAGAUAGAUAAAGAUGGAGCUAGUCCUGAGAGAGUGAUGCAAGAGCUCGCUUCAAUUGGCUUGAUGCCCGAAGAUUGGGGUGGUGAUGUGCCUAUGGUUCAGAUCAGUGCCUUGAAAGGGGAAAAUAUCGAUGAUCUAUUGGAAACUGUCAUGCUUGUUGCAGAGUUACAAGAGCUGAAAGCGAAUCCCCACAGAAAUGCUAAGGGUACUGUUAUUGAGGCUGGUCUUGAUAAAUCCAAAGGUCCAGUUGCUACAUUUAUCGUUCAGAAUGGCACUUUGAAAAGAGGGGAUGUCGUUGUCUGUGGAGAAGCUUUCGGAAAGGUGCGAGCUCUUUUCGACGACAGUGCUAAACGAGUUGAUGAUGCUGGACCCUCCAUGCCCGUACAGGUGAUUGGACUGAACAAUGUCCCGAUAGCUGGUGAUGUAUUUGAGGUCAUCUCCUCCCUUGACGCAGCACGUGAGAUGGCAGAGGCACGUGCAGAGUCGCUGCGGAAUGAAAGAUUAUCAGAAAAGGCUGGGGAUGGAAAGGUGACACUUUCCUCCCUAGCUUCUGCUGUUUCGGCAAAGAAGGUGUCAGGCUUAGAUUUACAUCAGCUGAAUAUCAUUUUGAAAGUUGAUGUACAGGGAUCCAUCGAGGCGAUAAGGCAAGCUCUGCAAAUUCUCCCUCAAGACAAUGUAACGUUGAAAUUCUUGCUGCAAGCAACUGGGGAUGUGAGCAGCAGUGAUGUUGACCUAGCUGUUGCAAGUGAAGCCAUCAUUUUCGGGUUUAAUGUCAAAACACCUGGUUCCGUUAAAAAAGAUGCUGAAAACAAAGGUGUCGAGAUCCGAUUAUACAGAGUUAUCUACGAUCUCAUUGACGAUGUCCGAAAUGCAAUGGAAGGGCUUCUUGAGCCUGUCGAGGAACAAGUGCCGAUUGGAUCAGCGGAAGUUCGGGCUACAUUCAGCAGCGGGAGUGGCCGAGUGGCUGGAUGCAUGGUAAACGAGGGAAAACUUGUCAAAGACUGUGGCAUUAAGGUCAUUCGGAAGCGGAAAACUGUCUAUGUCGGUGUUCUUGAUUCUCUCCGGAGAGUCAAGGAGGAUGUCAAAGAGGUGAGUGUCGGGUUAGAAUGCGGUAUCGGUGCAGAAGACUACGACGAUUGGGAAGAAGGCGAUAUCAUAGAGGCUUUCAACGCGGUUCAGAAGAAGCGAACGCUCGAAGAAGCGUCCGCUUCAAUGGCUGCUGCAAUAGAAGAAGCCGGGAUUGGGCUUUAAAUCCGCCCCUCAUCUCGAGAGGUAAACGAAAAAAACUUUGUAACGGGGAGCGACCACAACUACAGAAACGGGCAUUUUCCGGUCGAAACUGAGCUCCAACAGUUGAAGCUUUAGCAGAGGAGACUCUCAUGGUGGAUUUGGAUUCAGCGGUUGAAUAUCAUGGCUGAGUGUUUGGGACUUUAUGAGCUUCUCUGGUCACUGUUUGGAUCAGUUUGUAUGGUAGUAACUUUGUAUAGCUAAUGCCUUUUUUUUUGGUGGUCGGAACCAAACAUCCUCGGAAAUGAAUUGUAAAAGUGUUUCCUCAUAUGUGAUUGAUUAUAUAUUUAAUAUA